UCAGUCUUGUGAAAGGAGCAGUAGUGCAAGUCAGUCUUCUUUUUCUUAAUCAACUUUGAUUUGUUUCUGACAAAACCGAAUGAUUUGAUGUAUGUAUUUUAAAUGUGUUUAUUUUUAUUUUAACCUAGUAUUUGCAAUUGGAUAGUUUUGCUAUUAGCCGUACGCUCUUUUUCGAUAUUUGUGAUAUCACAGAUUGGACUCACCCUGGGGGAUAUUUGCAAACAGCAGGUUAUCUGAUAGAAACACCGGGGAUGCUGAAAGUCACUAUGCCCUCCGCCAGAACAGGGGCUGCUUCGGAAUACUGGAUCGACGGCUCUAACAAGGAGGAGACGCUGGCUGAUUAUUAUGAAUUGGAGUCUGAGCUGGGACGGGGGGCUACUUCAGUUGUGUUUCGGUGCCGGCAAAAAGGAACACAGAGGCCAUAUGCUGUGAAAAUGCUGAAGAAGACUGUUGACAAGAAGAUUGUUCGGACGGAAAUUGGUGUUUUACUUCGACUUUCACAUCCUAAUAUCAUUAAACUGAAAGAGAUCUUUGAAACCCCGGUUGAGAUCAGUCUGGUGUUGGAAUUGGUCACGGGAGGAGAGUUGUUUGACAGGAUUGUGGAGAAAGGAUAUUACAGUGAACGUGAUGCUGCAGAUGCUGUUAAACAAAUCCUGGCAGCGGUAGCAUACCUGCAUGAAAACGGAGUCGUCCAUCGCGAUCUGAAGCCUGAGAACCUUUUAUACGCCACCUCGGCUCCUGACGCACCACUCAAGAUAGCUGAUUUUGGCCUGUCUAAAAUCGUGGAUGACCAGGUCACGAUGAAGACUGUCUGUGGAACCCCUGGAUAUUGUGCUCCUGAAAUUUUGCGAGGCACUGCUUACGGGCCAGAGGUUGACAUGUGGUCUGUAGGAGUGAUAACCUAUAUACUGCUUUGCGGGUUUGAACCUUUCUAUGACGAAAGAGGUGAUCAGUACAUGUUCAAGAAGAUUUUAAACUGUGAAUAUGACUUUGUCUCCCCCUGGUGGGAUGAUGUGUCCCUAAACGCCAAAGAUCUGGUGAGGAAACUGAUCGUGCAGGACCCUAAAAAGCGGCUCAGCACUUUCCAGACCCUGCAGCACCCCUGGGUGACAGGGACUGCAGUUAACUUUGCACACAUGGACAAUGCACAGAAGAAACUGCAGGAGUUCAAUGCCCGCCGCAAGCUAAAGGCUGCAGUAAAAGCUGUCGUAGCAUCAACCCGCCUUGGAAGCGCAGGAAGUCACGGCAGCCAUGACAGCAACAAGAACAGCCGCAAUCACUCGUCCUUUCAAGGGAACGAAGCAGAGGCCCAGCAGCCACAGGAACCAGCACAGAUAGAGAAGGAGGGCUUAUAGGUCUCCCUGCCAACCCCUGCCUCAGAAAAGCCUCUGGAACCUGUCAUUAUAACUGUUGAGACUUUGAACGUUUUGGAGAAGUGGCAUUGUUUUUCUUAAUGAGAUCAUACAAUAGUGGUCACAGCAAUGAACAGGUUUGGAAUUGUGACAAUUCACAAGUGUGACACCUUAUUUUCUAAUGCAUGGGGAUGCUUUGUCAACAAAGAAAAAUAACAAGCAUGAGACUUCCAAUGUGACAUGUGAAUGGGCACAAUGUUAUGAAAUGCCAAGUGUUUAAAAACACACUUGGACCAGAUUUUCCUUGCAUUUGUUUAUUUUAGGCUGCUUCUGGAUUUCAACGGGUGAUGAGUCUUUAAUUUGUGCUUAUUAGAAUGCUUGUAUUUUAAUAGUAUGUUUACCAUUAAUAUACUGAAACACAAAAGAAACGCAACACUCAUGGCUAAUGGAUUUAAUCAAAUAUUUUAAACAUAGAUAUCAAACAAAA